AUUUAUAUAAAAUGAGUUCUGAUGAAGAAGUUAGUAUUGUAUCAACUUCAAAUAUAGAUAAAGAUAAAAAAGUAGUUAAAAAUAUUAGUGGCUGUCCAGAGGGUCCAGUUUGGAAUUAUUUUACAAAAGGAAAACAAGUUGGAAAAAGAAAAUAUGAAGCAACAUGUAAUUUUUGUGAACUAACUUGGAAUCAUGGUGAACCUAGUGAAUUAGAAAAUCAUUUAGCUAAUCACUAUCAAAAAGCUGAUUCAAUAAUUAUUUGUCAAUUUCUUACAAAAAUUCUUUCUAAUAAUUCUGAACAAGAGAAAUCUAAAGUAGAAAUAAGAUUAUUAAUAGAAGAAUAUAAAAUUGAUGAAGGUGGUUUUAAAAAUUAUUCAAAAACUAGAUGGACUACUACAAGUGAUUCAGUUGAAAGUGUAAUACAUUUAGAAAAAGUUUUAAAAAAG